UAGAAAAUGGCGGGAAAUGAAUAAAAUUUAUCGGUGCAGUAGACAAUUUCCAACGUGUUUCGUUGCUUUGUUUACCACUCCAAAGUUUACUUACAGUAUUUUAAUGAUGUCAGGUCAAGCAAAGAUAUCAUCAUUUUUUACAUCAGCAGCGAAACGACCAUUGUCAGAUAACAAGAAUGAAAUAAAUCAGUUGACUCCUGCUAAACGACAGAAACCAACAGACGAUGAUAGUGACAAACCUGAAAUAAAACUUUCACCAGAACAAAAACAAAGAAUGGAGGAAAAUAAAAAAGCUGCUUUAGAAAAAAUAAAAUCAAAAUCCACGAAAGAAUCAAGUGAAUUGUCAACAAGUUUAAAACAGGCCAUUGGAAAAACUUGGUAUUCAGCUUUAGAACCUGAAUUUACCAAACCAUAUUUUAUACAGUUAUGUAAGUUUGUUGAAAGUGAGAGAAAUAAAGGAACAGUUUAUCCACCAUCAAAUCAAGUUUAUAGUUGGACAAACAUGUGUCCUAUACAACAGGUUAAAGUUGUAAUAUUAGGACAAGAUCCCUAUCAUGGACCUAAACAAGCUCAUGGUUUAUGUUUUAGUGUACAGGAAGGGGUUAAACCACCACCAAGUUUAGUGAAUAUGUAUAAAGAAUUAUCUAAUGAUAUUGAUGGGUUUCAAAUACCUACUCAUGGAACUCUUAAUGGCUGGGCAGAACAAGGAGUGCUUUUGUUAAAUGCUUGUUUAACAGUUCGAGCUCAUCAAGCUAACUCACAUGCUGGUAAGGGUUGGGAGAAACUAACUGAUGCUGUUAUAAAUUGGGUAAAUAAAAACUCAACUGGAGUGGUAUUUAUGUUAUGGGGAGCCUAUGCACAGAAGAAGGGAGCUUGUAUAGAUAAGAAGAAACAUCACAUCCUUAAAGCUGUUCAUCCAUCUCCCCUCUCAGCUCAUCGUGGUUUCAUGGGAUGUAAACAUUUCUCAAAAUGUAAUGAAUUCUUAAAACAACAAGGACAAAACCCUAUAGAUUGGACACAUCUACCUCCUAAAUAAACCACACUGGAUGCAGUGACAAAACUGCCUCCUCAUACAAUGGGGAAAACGUUUUUAUAUAAAUAUGUCUCGUUCAACAUUAGAAAGCUGUUAUAUGAUAGUGAAAUUGUAACAAAACAUUUGCCAAUCUCAAAAUGUGAUGAAUACUUUAAAAAAACAAGGAAAAAAAACAGACUGAACACAUCUACCUCCAAAAUGAAUUAUACUGGAUACUGUUGAAAAACAUGAUUUAUAACACUGUAACCCAGGUAUCAUUUAAUCUUGUGUAUCUAGCACUAAUUUCUUUCACAUUCAUUUAAUAUCCAAUCUUUGUUUAAAUAUUCGUAAAAACUGAUUAAAAUCACUAUCAAUCGUUUAAUUUGUACUUCUGUCCAGUUUAAAGCUGACCAUUCAAUUUUGAUAAUGAGUGUCCAUUUUACAAGUGUUUUAUUUCUCGAUCACUGUUAAAAAAUAAACAACCCAAUUGAUUAUUGAUGUAUAAUGAUUCAUUCUUGAACAAUGGUCAGGAAAUUGGAGACUCAUUAUCAUAAUUAAUCAGUUAGCUUUAAACUGGACACAAGUACAAAUUAGUUGAUUUUUGGUGAUUUUUUAACGAUUUUUACGAAAUUUUAAACAAAGUUCUGAUAUUAAACAAAUGUGAAAGAAAUUAGUGCUAGAUACACAAGAUAAAAUAAUACCUGGGUUACAGUGUAAGCUGCUUUAUAUGAUGAUGAAAUCAUACCAAAACAUUAGAUAAUUUUCAUGGGAAUCGGCAAGAAUCCCUGUAUUUUUUGUUAAAGAGUACUGAUCUGAAAUACUGGAGUUUAUCUACAAAUUAUGUUGCAGUGAAAUUUGUCAUUUUAUGUGAAUUGCCAAAGUUUCAAACUUUUACAUAAAACAGAAUCCAUUAAUUUGUGGUUCAGAUUCUGAGAAUCUUGUGGUUUCCCUAAUCUGAUUAAAACAAACAUCUUGAUUUUGUUUCGUAUUUCAUAUUCAGAUAUUAUUUUAUUGUUCUUCAUGACAGUAGGAUCUGGGAGUUUUUAGAUAAACCUUGAUCUGUUUAAUAUGGUGGCUAAGCCACUAAAAAGUUUUGGUUAAUCCAAUGUUGCAUGAUGUGUGCCCAUAAUUCUGGGAAUUACCUGUUGGUUGAGUUUCAUUCAUUUAAGUUCACCGAUAUGACCUGAUCUCUAUAUGGAAUGGAGGUCAUUGUCAGUGUCAACAGCUAUACUGAUGAACAGUGGUGUAGUGCUUUGUUUGGGAGGCCUUGUAGGGGGCACAGUGAUUUCUCACUAAUAUUUCGAAUAAAUCAAAAAGUACAAUUCUCUAAUAUAGGACACUUUUUAAUUUCCAUCAACAGAUAUGAGAAAGUGCUUAUAAUCUCUCUCUCUCUCUCUCUCUCUUUCCACUGAUGAUCAAUGGCAAGGUAACCAUUUCCAAAUCAUGUGUUACUUUUUUUUUUUUAUAUAUGUAUGUCAUAAUUUGUAUUUGUUUUAGAGACUGUAAAUAAACAUCUGGAAA